UGGAAACCCAGAAAGGUUGGUUUGUUUUUGGCAGCUUCUGUUAUGGUUUGCCAAGCAGUCGUCUGGAUAACACUUUCGACCCUGGAAAUCCAAAGAUUAUUUAUUUUUUUUACCCUGUGGAAAUACUAAUUCAAUUGUCGUUCCGGUUGGUAUUCAGAAGCUGCAGUGUCUUGUAAGCACAGCUUCUCGAGUGCAGCGCUGUCAAAAGCAGAAUUUAUGGGAAAUACAGGAUAAUGUUUACAAGACAGUGUUUUCAAGAUAUUGUCGUAACAUUUAUGUUGUUUAGGUCACUGCUGUUGCUGUAGACUAGACUAGAGAAUACACACCAUUUUGUGGCUACAGCGUAUGACUAAUUGCUGAUAACAACCUUAGAGAUGGCCUGUGGUAAUUGUGGUAUUUCUCAUGUGGUUCUACUGUCUUGUGAUGCUCUCCAGUCCAGGUUUUCUUGUACCAUGACUAUUUCUGCUGUAUUGUUUUAUAUUUGUUUAUAUUUUAGUGGCCAAAAUGAUGUCUGAAGAAAGCGUGCCUAUGAGGCACAUUGAUCUUGGGUCUCCGCCUCCUCUGGAACCACCAGUGGCUGGUUACAGGUUCCCCGGCCCUCCGCCACCCAUCUACUCCUGCACUCUGACCCCUGAGCUGGUGGCCAAGGCCCGGGAGGAGCUACAGGAGAAGCCAGAGUGGAGGCUGAGAGACGUGCAGGCCCUGAGGGACAUGGUGCUGAAGGAGCAGCCUAACCUCCGGACCAGGCUGGAUGAUGCCUUCCUCCUACGCUUUCUACGGGCCAGGUAUAGCAUGAUGUACUACAGUACCUACCCAUAAUGCUCUGUGCAAUGCUCUGGGAAACUGUCCCUAAGCGUCUCAGAGUAGGAGUUCUGAUCUAGGAUCAGGCCCCCCCUGUCCAUAUAAUCAUAUAAUUAUGAUUUGAAAGUCAAAACUGAUCCUAGAUCAGCACUCAUACUCUAAGACUCUUUAUGAAUACAGGCCCUGGUUUCUUCUUAUUCAAGAUGUUCUAUCUUAAUGCUAACAUAAUGUUGCUCUGUCCCAUCUCCUUGUCCAACCACCAGGAAGUUUGACUAUGACCGUGCCAUGCAGCUUCUCCUUAACUACCAUACCAGUCGGCGGGCCUGGCCUGAGGUCUUCCAGGACCUGAAGCCUUCCACAAUCAAACAUGUGUUAGACCUGGGCUUCCUCACUGUCCUGCCCCAUCCAGACCCUAAUGGACGCUACAUCCUCUGUCUCAGACCUGGUCAGUGUGUUAGCUUGCACUAUUUACUGUCUUUCCAUGUUGAAUAAGCUUUCUAUGUCCAAGAAGAGCUCUAACUCUAUUUUUUUUCCAUCUUUAUUUGGUAACAGUUCAUAUGAACAUACUCUUCAUAGAAGAAUAGAACAAUAUAAUAAAAUAUUAUUUAAUCCAUAGGAGACGGAAAUUGGUCUUCUGCUUUACCCAAACCUGCAUUAUAAGCGCAUUUACAAUGCCCUGUGAGCUAUGUAUAAUUAAGCAGUAAGGCACGAGGGGGUGUGGUAUAUGGCCAACAUACCACGGCUAAGGGAUGUUCUUAGGCAUAACGCAAAGCGGAGUGGCCAUAUACCACAAACCCUCCGAAGUGCCUUAUUGCUAUUACAAACUGGUUACCAAUGGAAUUAGAGCAGUAAAAAUAAAUGUUUUGUUAUACCCUUGGUAUACUUAAGCAAUAAGGCCUGAGGGGGUGUGGUAUAUGGCCAAUAUACCACGGCUAAGGGCUGUUCUUAUGCAUGACGCAACGCAGAGUGCUAGGACACAGCCCUUAGCCUUGGUAUAUUGGCCAUAUAUCACAAACCCCCCGAGGUGCCUUACUGCUAUUAUAAACUGGUUACCAAUGUAAUCAGAGCAGUAAAAAUACAUGUUUUGUCAUACCCAUGGUAUACGGUCUGAUAUGCCACAGCAUUCAGCCAAUCAGCAUUCAGGGCUCGAACCACCCAGUUUUUAAUGUCUGAUAUACCACGCCUGUCAGCCAAUCAGCAUUCAGAGCUCGAACCACCCAGUUUAUAAUACACUAUAAUGCAUGACAUAGGAGCUAAUAGCUGCUCAUAAACAUCUAUAGCAACAACAAAAAAUCUGAAUCUUGAAAACAUGUCUGCCAAUAGCAAUAGCCUAACAGAUUAAGAUUGUCCUAUGCUUGACCUUUUUCAGUGUUACUAUAUACUCAUUAUUUUACAACAGGAAAAUGGAAAGCGAAUGAUUAUCCAUUUGAGGACAACAUCCGGGCCAUUUACCUGACUCUGGAGAAGCUGAUUCAGCCAGAGGAGACUCAGGUUAAUGGGAUCGUCAUUUUAGCAGACUACACUGGGGUGGGCUUGUCUCAGGCAUCCAAUCCGGGCCCAUUCCUGGCCAAGAAGGUUGUCAGCAUCCUUCAGGUAACCUUAUUACUGUUCUGAUAUUUAAGUUUUUAUAUUAUCACCCAUAACAGUGUGAUCAAAGUACAUUCAGAUCAGAUCUCAAAUAUUGAUCUUAUCAAACCCCCUUAAGAAAGAUACUAUUGGCUUGUGUAUUGUGUCAAUAAUAUAAAUAGAUUUUAAUUUCAAUGUUGCAUUUUAGGAUAGCUUCCCAAUAAGAAUCAAGGCUGUUAACAUCAUAAAUGAGCCCCGGAUUUUCAAAGGGAUCUUUGCAAUAAUGAAGCCUUUUUUGAAGGAGAAGAUGGCAGAGAGGGUGAGUCUUUCUUCAUAUCCUCCUUUUUCUCUACACAGUAGCCUGUUGAAUUUUGAUCACUGUAUUCAGAUUAAAUGUAUCUCAUAUCAAAUCAAAUCAAAUUGUAUUUGUCACAUGCGCCGAAUACAACAGGUGUAGACCUUACCGUGAAAUGCUUACUUACAAGCCCUUAACCAACAAUGCAGUUUUAAGAAUAUAGAGUUAAGAAAAUAUUUACUAAAUAAACUAAAGUAAAAAAUAAAAUAAAAGUAACACAAUAAAAUAACAAUAACGAGGCUAUAUACAGGGGGUACCGGUGAUAUGAUUUUCAGUGAUUUCAAAUGUAUUUAAAGCCAUUAUGAAUAAACUUUAUCAAAUGAACAGGAGUACUUGAAGUACUGUAUGCUCCUUUGUGAUUCUGUGACACAUCAGCCUAACAUAAUUCCCUUUAUUUUUCAUACAGUACGUUCUCCAUGGGUCAGACCUGCGCUCUCUUCACCGCAACAUCCCUCGAUCCGUCCUGCCAGAGGAGUAUGGUGGGGUGGCCGGCCACCUCGACAUGUCAGCCUGGUCAAAGACAUUACUGGACUCUGAGGAGGAGUUUAUAGUGGAGUUCUGCCAGCCAGAUCCUCUAGAGGGCCUAGUUCUCCCAGACUCCAUGCUGUUAGAAGGGCAGCAGCCCAGUGGUGCUGCCCAGGAUGAUGACACCUUCAGGGGGCUACGCUCUCAGCUCUACUACUGUUACUGAUACUGACCAUUACGUCUCUCUUGUUUAACUAUUGUGAGGACACUAGCCUGGUCCCAGAUGUGUU